AUGGACAUCAUCUGCCUCUUGAAGCGCAAUGCCAGUGACUCCGACCUUUGCCAGGGGUCUGUGCUGCUUUGGCCAUACCGCUACACAGCUCAAUUGGGUGCAAUGCCUAUGGAACCUCGUCCUCUCGAACCAGUGAAAGCAGCAAAGAAAACAGAAUAUUUAAAACUAGCAGAGGCUUUGUUGGAACGAGCACCACGUGAGUCAAGUGCUAGAUCGGUUCAGUUUCUCCUGAACAUAUGUAGUGAAGAUCUGAAAGCUGAAGAUCCACCUCGGUUGCCCUGGAUUGAGACCGAUUGUGGACCCCCUUCAGAGAUAGGUUUCUCUCGCAUCGCUGGGAGAAUUGCUCCAGCAAUGAAGUUCUACGCAAAGCACUUGUGA